CUGGUCGUUUAAGCAACACGCCAGACCUUAUCAACAGCUUCUGGUGUCCUCAACAAUUCCCAACCGUUUUGAAGAAAGAGAAGCAAGAGGAGAGAGAGAGAGAAUGUCGAAUUCUGCAGCAUCUCUCUUCACUUCUCUUACGACGCCGUCCAAGUUGUUGGUACAAUGUAGUAGCAGUCCACUUCCUUCUUCCACAAAUUUUGGAAAAUGGAGCUUCAGAAUUCGAGCUUCCUCCUCCUCAGCCGCUGCUCCUGGUGUUGAUUUGUCCACCCUCCAAACCGCCAUUUCUAAGAAAGAUAGUAAUGCUGUCAAAGAGGCACUUGAUCAGCUAGUUGAAGUUGGUUGGGCCAGAAAGUGGAGUUCUCAACCAUAUGUGUCACGACGCACGACAUCUCUUAGAGAGCUGACAACUCUCGGAAUAAAGAAUGCUGAGAACCUUGCAAUCCCAAGUGUCAGAAAUGAUGCAGCUUUUCUAUUUACAGUGGUAGGCACAACAGGGUUUUUGGGCGUUCUUGCUGGCCAACUUCCUGGGGAUUGGGGUUUCUUUGUUCCGUACUUGAUAGGAAGCAUAUCUUUAGUAGUUUUGGGGAUUGGAAGUACUUCCCCAGGGCUCCUUCAGGCUGCCAUUGAUGGAUUUUCAUCAUUUUUUCCUGAUUAUCAGGAGAGAAUUGCCAGGCACGAAGCAGCACAUUUCUUAGUUGCCUACCUAAUUGGUCUUCCCAUCCUUGGGUAUUCACUGGAUAUUGGGAAAGAGCAUGUCAAUUUAAUUGAUGAAAGGCUGGAAAAGCUGAUCUAUAGCGGGCAGCUUGAUUCAAAAGAGCUAGACAGGCUGGCAGUGGUAGCGAUGGCCGGACUGGCAGCAGAAGGGCUGAAGUAUGAUAAAGUUAUUGGUCAAUCAGCUGACCUUUUCACUCUUCAGAGAUUUCUAAACAGGAGCAAGCCGUCGCUUAGCAAAGACCAACAACAAAACCUUACAAGAUGGGCGGUUCUGUUUGCUGGUUCACUACUGAAAAAUAAUAGCAAGCUUCACGAGGCCUUAAUAACGGCAAUGGCAAACAAGGCAUCGGUCACAGAAUGCAUAGAAGCAAUUGAGAAGGCAGCUUGACCUUGCACCAAAAAUAUAACUACAGACUUGCAGAUAAUUUAAAAAUUGUGAAGUUUUUAUCCUAAAUUUGUAAAAUAUCGAGGAAAAGAACAGGUAUAUAUAAAUACACUGAAAACAGAAGACUGUAUUCUGGUUUUUGACAUUCAUCUCCAACAUAUGAAAUAUUAUCGGCAAUAUGAAAUGAAUCUGCUUCUGCCUCUUCUCAGCUA